UACAGGAGAUGACCAGAGACUGCGAACACGGUACAGAAGAUGACCAGAGACUGCGGACACGGUACAGGAGAUGACCAGAGACUGCGGACACGGUACAGGAGAUGACCAGAGACUGCGGACACGGUACAGGAGAUGACCAGAGACUGCGGACACGGUACAGGAGAUGACCAGAGACUGCGGACACAAUACAGGGAUGACCAGAGACUGCGGACACGGUACAGGGGAUGACCAGAGACUGCGGACACAGUACAGGGAUGACCAGAGACUGCGGACACGGGAUGACCAGAGACUGCGGACACAGUACAGG